AUGGAUUCUUCCGCAUCUCCAACUCAACCAGGCUCCCGGUCACGCCGUUCUUACCCAUCUUUGAAUCAAGUUUCUCUCGCUCCUUUAACCCCGCACUACCCUAUAGACGGCGACAAUGAUACGGAUCAACAUCCACAGGACUACUUUUCCCCACGAAAUGAAGCUCUCGACACCCCAACUAGAACCUCCUAUCUAUCUAGCUUCUCAGUCCCGGGUACACCUGGUGUUCUUUCUCAUGCCCCAUCUCGAAGUGCUUCACGCGUACGCCACCAUACCAGAAGCAAAAGUUCAACGCCUAUCCAUCUAAGCGACACCAACAUCCAAGAGCGGGUGGCAAACCAGCCCCUUCACCACCACUCCAGAAGCACCGGAAGUGGAAGCGCCAGUGUCACCAGCAGAACCAAGCGCCCGGCAGCCCACCGGCACCAGUCCUCCGACAUGAGAGACCCCGAGUGGAUGCUCCGUGCUGGAGUUGCACUGGCGUCCUCAGCCCGCGAGGAAAAGGGCCAGAGCUGGCUUGUGAAACGCGAGAGCUCGACCAGUUUAGUUUCGGAGAGCGGGAAGUACGAGGCUGAUGCUAUUUCUCAGGCGUUGCGAAAGGGCAUGGCUCGAUCGGCGAGAUCCGGCCGGUCUACGCCUGCAGCUGCCUCUUCACGGUCCCGUGCCGUCAGUCGACGGAACAGCAGACCUGACCUUGCUAUGACGGGGCUUGAAAUGACGAUGCCCUCACCCCCCUCGAAACGCAGUAGCGGACAGGCGUUCUCAGCGCCGCGCACUCCAUCUCAUACCACCAACAAUGAGGGCCGAUCCUCUAUAUCUCUCCCGGAUUUCAUAGACGAGCAAGUCCGGGCGGAAAUGCGAGAUACAAUCCAACAACAGGCUGCGCGCGACUACGAUUCUACAUUAUCAUAUGACUCAUGGGACUCUGAAAACGACGAGGAGGAAGAAGAAAUUGACGAACGAGAGCUUCAACGGUUAACUCGCGAACGCGGCUUUGGUCUAGGAAGUUGGAUAGACCGGAUGGUAGAAUGGACGUUAUUCGGUGUCGAUGACUGGCCGCUCUCGUCCACCACGGACCCGAUAACAAACCCACCACCAGCGACAGCCGCAGAACUGAAUGAAAAUGAUCACACAGCGGCAGAGUCGUCUGAUAAUGACGAUGAGGUCAAGAGCCUAGCAUCAGAUACCAUCUCUGAAAUAGUCCCGACAGAAAGAGCUGGGAACCGUGGCGGCUGGGAAGAUGCAGGAUGGCUAUUCCGUGCUAUUAAGCAAGCAUUGGUAUCUGCAUAA